AUUUGGGAAUUCCCUUUUUUUCGAUAUCGCUGGUGCUGCAGUUCAUUUGCAAUUUUCAUACUACGCUAAAUUUUACAUCCGAACGAAGUAAUUUCUUUCUCUGAAUCAAAUUAAACAAUAAACAAUUUAUUAUGACUUCCGAACUUAUUACUAAAACCUUUGAUGAAGCAGAUAAAGCUCUGAAAUGUGCCCUGAUUUUUAAAAUCAUUGAAGGCACAAAAUAUACAUUAAAAAUAAGCCACACAAAAACCAGUGCUGUUAGUAUAUUGAAAAGUCUUAACAAUGGGGCUAAACCAACUUGGCUAUUACGUUUCGAUAAUGCGCAUAAAAAUGUACUUUUCCCUCAUUUGAAUGUGAGACACAGUCUAACCGGUAUAAAAGAUCCACAUUUAAGAUUGCCACCAGGAACACUUACGGCUGUACAAGGGGGUGCUUAUGCAGCCAAAGUAUUGGACUGGUUGUGUUGUGCAACGCUCCUUGUCGAUGGGGUUCAGUUGUCCCAGGCUAUUUACAAAGAUUAUAAAAAUGGGACAACUGAAAAUACAACUGAAUGUGCUGUUGACAAAAGUGGUCAAUAUGUUGGUGCUAUUGUUGGUUGUACAAUUGGAAAAACGGUUGGGGGAUACCUCAUUCCGGGUAUUGGACCUUUGGUAGGUUCAAUUGGCUUGGGUAUUGUUGGCAUUCAAUAUGGCAGUCAUUUAGCACCAAAGACGGUUGCUUAUAUAAAAGACUAUUACAACAACUGGGGGUCUAAAUCUCAAAAAGAUCGCGAAGAGAAACUUAACUUGUUUUUGCUGUGUGCUAAUGAUUAUUUGCAGAUGAAUAACUGUUUAUUCAAACAUCAAAUACCAAUGCUCAGAUCAAAAUUAUAAACAACAAUCGAUUUGAAUUGCUGAGAGGAUACAUUUCAAAAAUUUGUAAAAACAUCUACUUUUUAAAUCCUUGAAAUAAAAAUUAAUCAUACAAAAAAACUUAUGAGUUU